AUGAAAAAACCUUUAUUUGGUGAGUGUGGGAAGGCCUAUAGUUGGAACUCAGACCUUAAUAGAUCUCAGAAAAUUCAUCCUGGAGAGUUUAAUAAGUGUAAUGAUGGUGGGAAGAUCUUCAUACAGCAAUCUCUAGGUGUACCUAAGAGAAUUCACACUGGUGAGAACCCUUUUCAAUGUAAUCACUGUGGAAAGGAUUUCAUAAGGAGAGACUAUCUUGCUUUACAUCAGAAAAUCUACAUUGGAGAAAAGCCUUAUAAAUGUAAUCUAUGUGGAAAGGCUUUUAGAUACAAUUAUAAGCUUGGAGAACAUCAGAGAGUCCACACAGGAGAAAAACCUUAUAAAUGUAAUCAAUGUGGAAAGGCUUUCAGAUAUAAUUAUAAGCUUGGAGAACAUCAGAGACUCCACACAGGAGAAAACCCUUAUAAAUGUAAUCAAUGUGGAAAGACUUUCAGAUAUAAUUAUAAGCUUGGAGAACAUCAGAGAGUCCACACAGGAGAGAAACCUUAUAAAUGUAAUCAAUGUGGAAAGGCUUUCACCCAGAAUGCAAGUCUUGUUUUACAUCAGAGAAUCCACACAGGAGAGAAACCUUAUAAAUGUAAUCAAUGUGGAAAGGCUUUCACCCAGAAUGCAAGUCUUGUUGUACAUCAGAGAAUCCACACUGGAGAGAAACCUUAUGAGUGUAAUCAGUGUGGAAAGGCUUUUAUAACUAGAUCUGCUCUUGCUGUACAUCAGAGAAUCCAUGCAGGAGAAAAGCCAUAUAAAUGUAAUCAGUGUGGAAAGGCUUUCACAAAGAAUGCCAGUCUUGCUGAACAUCAGAGAAUUCAUACUGGAGAGAAACCUUAUAAAUGUAAUCAAUGUGGAAAGGAUUUCAUAAGGAGAGACAGUCUUGCUGCACAUCAGAAAAUCCACACAGGAGAAAAACCUUAUAAAUGUAAUCAAUGUGGAAAGGCUUUCACCCAGAAUGCAAGUCUUGCUUUACAUCAGAGAGUUCACACAGGAGAGAAACCUUAUAAAUGUAGUCAAUGUGGAAAGGCUUUCACCCAGAAUGCAAGUCUUGUUGUACAUCAGAGAAUCCAUGCAGGAGAAAAGCCAUAUAAAUGUAAUCAGUGUGGAAAGGCUUUCACACAGAGUGUCAGUCUUGCUGAACAUCAGAGAAUCCAUACUGGAGAGAAACCUUAUAAAUGUAAUCAAUGUGGAAAGUCUUUCAUAAGGAGAAAGAGUCUUCCUAAGCAUCAGAGAAUCCACACAGGAGAAACACCUUAUAAAUGUAAUCAAUGUGGAAAGGCUUUCACCCAGAAUGCAGGUCUUACUUUACAUCAGAGAAUCCACACUGGAGAGAAACCUUAUAAAUGUAAUCAAUGUGGAAAGGCUUUCACCCAGAAUGCAAGUCUUGUUGUACAUCAGAGAAUCCACACUGGAGAGAAACCUUAUGAGUGUAAUCAGUGUGGAAAGGCUUUUAUAACUAGAUCUGUUCUUGUUGUACAUCAGAGAAUCCAUGCAGGAGAAAAGCCAUAUAAAUGUGAUCAGUGUGGAAAGGCUUUCACACAGAGUGUCAGUCUUGCUGAACAUCAGAGAAUCCAUACUGGAGAGAAACCUUAUAAAUGUAAUCAAUGUGGAAAGGCUUUCAUAAGGAGAAACAGUCUUGCUAAACAUCAGAAAAUCCACACAGGAGAAAAACCUUAUAAAUGUAAUCAAUGUGGAAAGGCUUUCAUAAGGAGCGACAGUCUUGCUGAACAUCAGAAAAUCCAUGCAGGAGAAAAGCCAUAUAAAUGUGAUCAGUGUGGAAAGGCUUUCACACAGAGGAAAAACAGUCUUUCUAAACAUCAGAGAAUCCACACAGGAGAAAAACCUUAUAAAUGUAAUCAAUGUGGAAAGUCUUUCAUAAGGAGUGACAGUCUUUCUAAACAUCAGAGAAUCCACACAGGAGAGAAACCUUAUAAAUGUAAUCAAUGUGGAAAGGCUUUCACCCAGAAUACCGGUCUUGUUUUACAUCAGAGUGUCCACACUGGAGAG